CUGUUGACUGAAUGAUUGCGGGUGUGUGGAGCUCACAAGAUGCUGCUGCUUUGUAGCUUCAGUGUGGAGAUGUUUAACCAUCAUGCCUCCUGCAUGCUUUGUACACUAAUAUGCGCCUCUGUCUGUGAAUGCUGCUAAAUGUAGUUCUGUAUAAAUGAAUAAAAUCACUGCAGGGAGGCUUUGCUAGGGUUUAUGGUUAGAGAGCAAAUGGAAGUCCCCAAACCCAGUUUGGGCAUCAUCGUUCAAUAUACUGAGUGCAAGGGUGGGACCCAAACAGCACAGAGAGGAGACCCAGUUCUAAUAAUAUAACUAUUGAUGGAUGGCUGAGGAAAUUCAAAAGAGAUUAGAACAUUUGAAGGUGGUGUCAGUUUAAACAGUAAAGUGAAGCAGCGUGUGAUGAAGUGACCUUUUGCGGCAGAAUGUGAGCAACAAAGCACAGAGUGAUUGUCUCUGUGCAUGAAUAUUGUGCACCUUCGCAGGAGCAUGGAACUGUACGCAAACAGAUGAAAGAGGAGUUCCUGAUGUGAGCAUGUUAACUGUGCAAAAUGGAUUGUGUAAAUGUUAGAAUACAUAGUGAUUUGCCGUCACUUUAGAUCCUGAUAAUGCUCUGACUCCUUGGCAUCUCAUCCAGAUGAACAUUCCUGUGUGCUUGACUACUUUUGGAAGCUUGGGCUCAUUGUAGCUCCUGCUACUGCUUGAAGGGUGGAGGUCCAUGCUGUGGAAAAGUGGGAUACUUAUUCAGGGCCCUCUAACACGGACCCCUUCAUAGCUAGCAUCAGGAUGAGGUGCACCCUACGAGUAUGGAUACUAAGUACCUCCAUCUUCCUCUUUAUCAUGUCCCUGCUCUUUACUUACUCUCACAAUGGCACAGAUGGCCCAGCCAAUCCAGAGUUAACAGGUUGGGCAUCUGCUGAUGGACACCCAGUAAGGCUUGUACCGGGGUACCCUGGAGUAAGGCACCGGCCUCCCCCUCCUCGGCUACCUAAAACUUGCUUGUGCAGACAAUGUUUGCGGCAACCUGGAUUCUCAGCCUGGUUUGACAGUCACUAUGAUGCAUCUGUUUCCCCUGUGUGGACCUUGGAGAACAGAGAGCUGUCUCCCGAAGUCCAGCACUGGUGGAUGAUGCUGCAGCCACAGUUCAGAUCACAUAACACUCCAGAGAUCCUUUCUCAGUUGUUCCAAAUCAUCCCUGGUCAAAACCCCUACAAGCAGCAGGACCCCCUGAGCUGUCGACAUUGCGCAGUUGUUGGCAACUCUGGUAAUUUGCGAGGCUCCAGCUAUGGAAAGGAUAUUGAUGGCCAUGAAUUUAUCAUGAGAAUAAACCAGGCUCCCACAGUGGGGUUUGAGAUGGAUGUGGGAUCCCGAACUACUCAUCACUUCAUGUACCCUGAAAGUGCCAAAAACCUGCCAGCCAAUGUCAGCUUUGUUCUUGUACCUUUCAAAGCACUAGAUUUGCUCUGGAUCACAAGUGCUCUAUCUACUGGGCAAAUUCGUUUUACAUACGCACCGGUGAAGGCCUUCCUGCGUGUAGACAAGGAGAAGGUUCAGAUCUAUAAUCCAGCUUUCUUUAAAUACAUCCAUGAUCGCUGGACUGAACAUCAUGGGCGAUAUCCUUCUACUGGCAUGCUUGUCCUUUUCUUUGCUCUCCAUGUCUGUGAUGAGGUGAAUGUUUUUGGCUUCGGAGCAGACAGCCGUGGGAACUGGCAUCACUACUGGGAAAACAAUCGCUACGCAGGAGAAUUUCGCAAAACUGGGGUGCACGAUGCAGAUUUUGAGGCCCAGAUUAUUGACACUCUUGCUAAAGAGGGCAAAAUCAAAGUUUAUCGCAGCACAUGAGCUUCUGCGGCCUUAAAUUUGUCCCAUUUUUGUAAGCUAACAAAGAGGUGGAGAAGCUCCCUUGAACUCAUAAUCAAGAUGGAUAAAAUGAUAUUAAGUGAUCAUGAGUCAGUCAUGGAUUUACAAGGUCUCAUGAUGUACUUGUAGAAAAUUAUUGUAUUGUUGCUGCCAAACUGCUGCCAAAUUUCUGAAGAUACGUAAUUUAAGGGAUGAAAUCAACUUGGUAUUUACUUUACUUAAAUCAGGAGAUUCUUUUAUCUGUAAGGUGGCACAUUAGGCCGUUCUUAUUUAACUUGUUGCCUCCCCCAAUAUAUUAGCACUUUGUAAAUGGUCAGAAAUAUGAAACAGAGCUUAUGACGCUCAUACUAUUAAUUAAAAUUUGCGGCCUUACCAGUCGUAUGCUUUUGCCUUACAGUGCUGCUUUGUCUCAAUCAGGCUUUAAAGCUGGAAUCAAUUUUGCCAAAAGAAAUCCAAUUUCUGUCUCACUCAGUUGCUGCUUAGAUUGAAUUGUUCAUUUUAAGGGUAAACUGAUAUAUACUUUCUUUUGCAGUCACACAAUCAUCUCGCUACCAGAUAGUACAGUACACUCUCAUACUAGCAGUUUACAGUCCAGUUUUAUUUCUUUUCACAAUACUCAGUCAGUUGGACUGUCAUGCAGGAAUUGUAUGUUUGCUUUUGUUAUAUAUGGGUACAUUUUUCAACCAAUCAUGUUUAUGUGUUGAAGGAACAGGGGACCUUGGUGAUUAUAGUUUUUGGAUUCUGUGCAGUGAAUAGUUGAUGUCAUUAAACUAUGUCUAGCUAUCUUGCAUAAAUCGCUAUACAUCAUUUAGAAUAUCGGAUGAAGGUACAUCAGGUUUGUAUAAACAUUAUGUAAACAUUUUACAUUGCUUCAGAAAUUUCUUGUAGGAAAUCCGGAUGAUAGCACCAAGCCUUUCAGAUUAUCUUUUUAUAGCGAAAUGGGUGAAUUUUUUUUCCAACAUAAGAUUGCUGCCCUUUCUAUGGGGUAUAUUUUUCAAAUUGUAAAAUAAAUUGUAAAAUUAGAGCAUAUCACAAUUCACUUGAUUGAAGUUCCUCCUCUAACUAUUGAUUUCUUUGGGAUAUUUGGUUGCAUUUAUAUCAAUGGGAAAAAGUAAGAGUUCAUCCUUUGAUAUAUUCUCUUUAAAAAAAAAAAAACAAUACAAAAACAUUAACAGAGUGGUGAAAUUUCACUGUGGGAAGUGAGCUCUAAUUUCACAUUUAAAAAUGCCCCUGUGUAACUCUAUAUUGGGAGUAAGGCUGAGAAUAUUUUGUCUUGGUUCAUAAGCUAAAUACUGUUGCUAACAUGAUGUUGUUCUUUUGUUGGUGUACAGUAAUAUUAUGUAUAGUAUUUGUGCGUUUGGGGGAUCUUUACCUGAUAAGCUCCAGAAUGUUUCUUUUAGAUGGCGGUUAUAUUUUAUUUUGGCUCGUCAUUUCCUUUUGAGGAGCCUAUGACCCUCUUUACAGCAAGAUGUAUAAGGAAAGAAUAGACCUUUGCCAAUACCUACCAGUGUUCACAAUAGUGUAGCCUAAUUUUUAGGCCUAAUAAAGUCAGGUUAGGCUAUGUUAAAUUUUCAGUAAGUUUCAAUGCACUUUUGUGGCUAGACAGCUGAAGUAACUGGAGUCUGUGGGCUGUAAUAUACACUCUUCUGUCUAUAGUCAAACACCAAAAAUCUAAAUAAAAGUGACGACUUCUUCCAAA